AUGCCGCUGCGCCGGGAGUUCGCACCUCCAGCCUCUCAUUGUGUCUCUGCACCAGAAGCUUUUUCCAUGUUGCUGCACUGGAUCCUGGCUCUUGUGUCCAUGCGGCUCCGGCUCCGUUCGGCGCUCUGGCCGGAGCGGAAAGGGCUGCCGGGACGAGGCCAGGGCAGAGCUCGCGCUCCAGGGAGGCUCUGCUCCCACGGCUAUCGCCCUGCCCCGGCCGUGCUGACUCACCUGACGGAAACGGUGCAAAACAGGGCUCCAGGAGCGGGCGAGCGCGGCGGGCUGCACCUACAGCUCCGCUGGCCGCCCGCCAAAGCCCUGUCCCGGGAAAGCACCGAGAUAGCCCACGUGGAGCACGGAGGUGGCGCCGAGGAUGGGCCCAUCCGUGGGCGCAUCCGCGGGGGCACCUUCGCCCCGCAGCCUCGCGUGCUCGGGAAGGAGCCCACGCUCCUCCCUGGCUGCCGGCCAGCGCGGCCCGGCGGCCUCUGCCUUCCCGCUCCCUCCGCAACAGGGCCCGGGGACAAAGUUUUCUCGUGUCUGCCGCGUGAAUCAGCAUUUCCGACAGCAAUCAUUUACCGCCCAUCCGUGGGCGCAUCCGCGGGGGCACCUUCGCCCCGCAGCCUCGCGUGCUCGGGAAGGAGCCCACGCUCCUCCCUGGCUGCCGGCCAGCGCGGCCCGGCGGCCUCUGCCUUCCCGCUCCCUCCGCAACAGGGCCCGGGGACAAAGUUUUCUCGUGUCUGCCGCGUGAAUCAGCAUUUCCGACAGCAAUCAUUUACCGGGACGCACGGGAACGCCGGGAGCGACCUGGCGCCCGAGAAGAGGCUGAGGGCCGAGCUGCGGGCGGCCGACGAGGAGGACGGGCGCGACGUGGCCCUGCAGAUCCACUUCACGCUGCUGCAGGCCUUCUGCUGCGAGAACGACAUCAACAUCCUGCGCGUGAGCAACCCGGCGCGCCUGGCGCACCUGCUGCGCGCCGCCGCCGCGCCGCCCGCCGACCUGCACUGCGUCCUCGUCACGCACCCCUAUGCCUCGCAGUGGAAGGACCCGGCGCUGAGCCAGCUGCUCUGCUUCUGCCGCGAGAGUCGCUACAUGGAUCAGUGGGUGCCCGUGAUUAACCUCCCCGAGCGGUGAGGGCAGCCGGACGGGAACCCGCCGAACACGAUUGCACUGAAGUUUUGAAAUGCUUUAGCCGUUGCUCAGGAAGUAACUCCCUGCCCUGGCACAAGGAUUACAGGAGAAAACAAAAUAAAAUUAA